AAAUGGAGGGGCGCUACUGCAUCGGGCGUCGGUUAAUCGGCCAUUGUGGUGUCAUGAGCCGAUGACCCCUAACCAUUGGCUGAUAAACGCUGGGCUGUCUGUACUGUGUUCGAAUUCGUGUUCGCUUGAUGGCAGGAUGUACUACUUGCGAAUGCAACACCUGUCUAUGAGGGAGCUUCGGAGAUAAAGCAUCAUAGGUCCCCGGACAAUCUGUACCUACCUUACCUCAGACCUUCAAGUAGUCAGGAUCGAUCAUCAUUCAGCAUUGAACCAGCAACACUCACACUCAAAAGUCUCAGUCAAAGAUGGCCUCCUUCCUCAUUACCGGCGCUUCAAGAGGUCUUGGACUUGCCUUCGUCAAGGAACUCGCCUCUCGCAAGUCCUCCGAAGUCAGCAACAUCUUUGCUGGCGCUCGCAGCAACGUCCCUGCCCUGCAGGAGCUUUCCAAGACCGACCCCCGUGUCCAAUUUGUCAAGCUCGAUGUUACCAACCCGGAAUCCAUCAAGGAAGCGGCUGCCCAGGUCGAGAAGAAGCUGGAGGGCAAGGGACUCGAUGUUUUGAUCAACAACGCAGCCGUCUGCCACUAUGACAUGCAGAAGAUGACCAACCCGACGGUGGAGAAGGAUAUCAUGAGGGAAAUGACCGGCCUGGAGGAAGAAUUCCAAGUCAACGUCUUGGGCGUCCAGUACACCACUCGGGAGUUCCUUCCUCUGGUGGAGAAGUCUGAGCUGAAGAAGGUUGUCAACAUUACCAGCACUUCGGCUCAAUCUCCUCCGCUUCCGACCCGGCUAUUGCUUGGUCGCCUUGCCCGGCCUACAAGAUCACAAAGGCGGCUUUGAACGCUCUGACUGUCCAAUAUGCGCUGGAGUAUCAGAACAAGGGCUUUUCCUUCAUUGCUCUCUGCCCUGGAUGGCUAAAGACAGAUCUCGGCAGCCAGAUGGCUGAUCUGACAACCGAGGAGGGUGCCAAAGCCUCGUUGGACAUUAUCCUGACACCUGGACAGGUGUACAACGGGAAGUUCCCCAUGAUCAAGGUCAAGGGCUGGGAGACCCAGGAGGAGGCUGCGUCCCAUGGCGGAUACGCUGGAAAGAACGUGUACGAUGGCCGUAACAUUCCCUGGUAAAGGAGAGCUGUGGAAUAUGGAUCCUGUAAACAAACCUCAGCCAGUUAGCCAAUCAGAUUGCCUGAAGUUGUAAUGCUCAUUUCCAUACCAAGCGAUACCGUCAAGUAUCUCUGAGCAGCAAACUGAUAUGUCUCGGGAAAGACUCCGCAGCAGUUGCUCGGGUAGGAAACGAAUGAGAUUGAGAUGUGACCUGAACAGAAAGAUGUAACGCCUGGGGAAACUGGAGUUGGAAGCAGCGCCUUCCAGAAAAAAAUCGGGAAGUCACAUUCCGC